GGAGUGAGUGGUGUAUAUAAAGGUCGUAGAGCUCCAAGUGAACUACACAUUUGACGUUAAACCCGUACCAAAGACUUAAACAAUAUUUGAUAGCAACCAUACACAAUGGCUCCCUCAGCUGUUGAGACUCAGGCUCCUACAGCCGAUGCACAGAAAGUAAAGCUCUACCCCGGCCAUGUCGAGGGCGUUUACAAGGAGCUGUCCCCCGUCGCCUACCGUCGUGAAGCCGAAGAGAAGGGUAUUGACGGCCACGCUGCUGCAAAGUACCCAAACUAUCUCCCAACAUGGAACAAAGACCAAGUCUACCCUCCCCUCGAGCCCUUCGAGCACUACGAACACGGCAAAGACGCAGACCCAACAUUCCCCAACCUCCUCAAGUCCACCACAAAGAUCUCCCACCUCACCCCCACAAUCGGCACUGAGAUCGAAGGCGUCCAACUAAGCAGUCUCUCCGACGCCGGCAAAGACGAACUAGCUCGCUACGUCGCCGAGCGCAAAGUCGUCGCCUUCCGCAACCAAGACUUCGCCGACCUCCCCAUCUCCGAAGCUUUAAAGUUCGGUGGUUACUUCGGCCGCCAUCACAUUCAUCCCACGUCUGGUUCGCCAGAGGGUCAUCCUGAGAUCCAUCUCGUGCAUAGAAGCGCGGGUGAUAAGUCGUACGAGGAGUUCUUCAAGACGCGCGUGAGCUCUGUGGCGUGGCAUUCUGAUAUUACGUAUGAGCAGCAGCCGCCUGGAACGACGUUUCUUUAUGUCCUUGAUAACCCCGACACUGGUGGCGAUACUCUUUUUGCGAAUACUGUCGAGGCGUAUAACAGAUUGUCGCCGACGUUUCAGAAGUUGUUGCAUGGACUCAAGGCGACUCAUUCUGGGAUUGAGCAGGUCAAUGCUAGUGUGAAGAAGGGAAGUAUUAAGAGACGUGAACCAGUUGUUAAUGAGCAUCCUAUUGUGCGAACACACCCUGUUACCGGGGAGAAGUCGCUCUUUGUCAACCCUCAGUUCACACGAAGCAUCGUUGGUCUCAAGAAGGAAGAGUCUGAUGCUAUUCUCAACUUCUUGUAUGAGCACAUCGCAUGGGGCGCUGACUUCCAUGCUCGUGUGAGAUGGCAGGAGAAGACUGUUGUUGUUUGGGAUAAUAGAUCAGUUCAGCAUACUGCUAUUCUUGACUGGCACUCUGGUCAGCGACGACAUCUUGCUCGCAUCACACCACAGGCUGAGAGGCCUUAUGAGACCCCUUUUGAGGGUUAGGACUAAGAUUGGAUAACAGAGAAAUAACACGUGAGAUAGUGUCUCCAGGGCAAAGAUCCCAGAAGACGAGCCAAGAAUACAAGUCAUAACUGCAUAUCCA